AUGACGACGCCUAGCGCUCGCGAGCUUGAGGCGCUCACUACGUUUAUGGCGGAUGCAUUCCUGAACCGCAUCCUAUUCAUGAUUGCCUUUGUUAUCCUUAUCUAUGACCACUUCCUCACCCUUCCGACCGAAGUCCGAUUCAUCUGGUCGAACCCAAUGCGUCCCUCCGCGCGGUGGUUCAUCCUCAACCGGUACCUUGCACUGGUCACGAACAUGGGCAUGGCCUUCUUCACCUUUCUGCCCAUCCCCGCAUCCGAGUGCGCGGGGCUGCUGCUAGCGAAGAAGAUCUUCCUCAUGGCGCAGCAGCUCGUUGUACACUCUAUCCUCGUUCUCCGCGUGUACGCCAUGUUCGGGCUAAACCGGCGCCUGCUAUUCGGCCUCCUCGCGCUGGGAUCCAUAGUUGUGGGGGUCGGUGGGUGGCUCACCGUCUCUCAUGGUCCCCAUCCAAAACCGCCCACAAUGUUGCCGCCACCGACCGAUAUUGACCUGCUGGAGAGCAUUGUGCUCGACGCGCGGCCAAACCGCUCAAAAGGGAUCGUUCCGCAGGGCUUCCACCAAUGCGCUGAGCCCAUAUUUCGCGCGUCUGCCGUCCGGAUCGCCGCCGCAUGGGAGAUCAUGCUCUCACUCGAGGUGGUCAUCUUUGCGCUGACCGUCUAUCGUGCCAUAUCGUUCCGCCGCAUACGUGUCGGAGGGAGGGAACAACUCCGGGCCCCGUUAUUGACACGGUUGGUGCACGAUGGGGUGCUGUACUUCCUUGCCAUAGCCGUGGUCAACGUUCCAAAUUUGUUCCUCUACCACUUCGGCGACCCCUUCAUCGCCGCAAGUAUGUCUUGGGUAUCAUCCAACCUUGCCGCGAUGCUUGUGGCACGCCUGAUGUUAAACGUACACAAGGCGGUCGGGCCAGAAUACUACGUCGACGAAGAAGGCCCCGGGCAUGUUCUUAGCCAGAACCCGACGGGGAGCCACGCGUUGUGGACGUCAGACCUCGAAUCGCGUGGGAGCAUCGUGUUCGUGCAUCACCGCCGCGCGCCGACCGCCUCAUCGGUGCUCAAGGACAGCGACUCCGUGUCGGGAAGCGAGCGCGCGUGGCCGCCGGAGGUGGAGCGGUACAUGCACCAAGUGCGCGUCGAACGGCGGGCCGGACCCGGCGCCGCGGAGGCAUGGGACGACCGGCUCACGCCCCCGCCAGAGCGCUUGCGUCUGCGUCAGCCAGAGAGGUAA